AUGACAUCGAUCAGGAAUCUGGAAGAGGAGCUUCAAAGUUUAAAGUCAUCGUAUGAACAAGACAUACAUAGAUUAGAAGAGAUUAUAAGUGAAGCUGGAAGCAGACACAAUACAUCUUAUUCAUCUUCGUAUUUAGAGUUCAUGCAAAGACGACAGACGCAGAAACCUGACUUCGUCGACAACGAAAUCACACCGCCAUUAUUCAGUGAAUCAUCUCUGAGCAAUAUUCAGAAUGGACAGAGGAAUACACCGAGACGAAGUGUUUCCUUUGAGGACACAGAAACAAAUGAUGAUACAUCAAAUUCCAGACAGGCAAGUGCUAAUUAUACCAAUGACAGAACAUCAUUGAUUGGACAACAUGGUUCAGUGCACUCCGGUUUAAGUAGCCCAGAUGUAAGAGAAAGAGAAAAUGAAACUGAAAUGAACAAUUUUGUUCAACCAAGACUACAGACAAAAUGGACAUCAACUCCCGCUGGAACGGUACCAGCCACAGCAUGUUCAGAUUUAGGUUCUCAGAAUGCUUAUGCAGUUAGAGAUCGUCGACCCUAUCAAGACUAUGACAGAAGAAUGGACCAACCACAAUACAACUAUGGAAGAAAACCCAUUAGUAUGCCAAAUAAAUAUGAUGGCUGUUCAAGUUUGGAAGAUUAUUUGAUACAGUUUGAAGUUUCUGCUAGAAUAAACAGAUGGAAUAAUAGAGAAAAGGCAGAGUUUUUAGCUGUGAGCCUGGUAGGGCCUGCCCAAGAAUUACUUGGCACAGUAAACCCCUACACAUUACAGGAAUAUGGAGCUUUAGUAGAGGCAUUAAGGCAGAGAUUUUCACCACCGCAGUUGACAGAAUUAAAUAGAGUUACGUUCCAGAAAAAGACAACCAAUGGAGACGUUGCCUGA